AUGGCGUACCGUUUGUCGAGCUGGUUCCGUAGCUCGUUAAAGAAGCGUCCGGUCCUCACUAACACCGCCGUGUACGCCACCUUCUACACCGCCGCGGAGUUGUCGCAGCAAACGUUUAAUAAAAUAUAUUCGUCAGAUAAGCCUGAAAUGGAUUUCGCGGCAGCGGGUCGUAUAGUGACCGUUGGUAGUUGUCUCUAUGCUCCAACACUUUACUAUUGGUACAAGUUCCUGGAUAGAAAAUUCGUUGGUACUAGUUUAAAAGUGGUCGCUACCAAAGUUCUCUGCGACCAGCUCAUUAUUACACCGGUUCUCUUGGCUAUAUUCUAUACAGGUAUGGGUAUCGUCGAAAGGAGGGAGGACGUAUUCUCUGAACUAAAAGCCAAGUACUGGCGUACGUUUAUAGCGAACCAGGCGUACUGGAUACCAGCACAGACGAUCAACUUUUUAUUACUGCCACCAAACCUACGAGUUGUGUACGUCGCUUCCGCCUCGUUCAUAUGGAUCAACGUGCUGUGUUUUAUUAAACGACAGACGACUGACAACUUUGAUGUUUUCUGGAGUUUAGAAGACGAUGCAACAAAAAGCGUUAUAACGACACUAGGAGUGGUUGAAUGUGAGUCAACUUUGGAAUUAGUUGAUUGCGUCACGGAAAAAUUGCAUAAUAUUAUUGGGGAUCCAGAAGCACAGAAGUUAUUUUACAGAAGAAGCGAGGAUUAUGGAUUCUUUUAUUGGAGAAAAUGUUGCUAUGUAGACGUGAAUCAAUACGUCAGAGUUAUCAACGUGUCGAAUAAAACAAAGCUAAACGUAUCUGAUGUAGAAAAAGUACUCACAGAAGUCUCGUAUCAACCUUUACCAUUUAACGACGAGGGUUUAUUUCAGAUUUUGGUAGUUAAUCAGACAUUAGACAUUGAAAAUAAAGAAAACCAAUACGCCUUAAUAUUCAGAGUCCAUCACAGUUUGGGCGAUGGGGUCGCUUUAAUUGAAUUUCUGUGUAAAACUUUGGCAGACGGUAAAGACGAGUCCAUCAUGUUUUGCAUGCCGGAGAGGUACCCUGUAAAAAGCGAUAAAUCACCGGAAUACUUAUUAGAAAUGAUGUCAGCACUAUAUGAAAUGUUUAGCUGUUUCAUAGACGGUAUUCUAAGAUUUCCUGACGUAAGUUGCCUACAUGGGCCCACUUUGAUUGGCAAAAAAGUAUUUAAAUGGAUAGAAACGGAUGCGAAACUAUUAGAUAUGGUCAUGGAAAUAAAAGGAAAGUAUACAGAUUUAAAAUUUUCUGAUAUUUUAGCGACAGCGUUAUCUUGUGGUUUGCGUGAUUAUUUUUUAAAGGAGGACGUUCCUGUUCCUACAAACGUAGCAGUAAUUCUGCCAAUAAGAUUCCCUAACCAAGAAAAAGAUGGUUUGAAGUUAGAAAAUAACUUCACAGUCAGCAUAUUGGAUUUACCGAUCGGUAAAGAUAUAAAGAUUGUAAAACAAUCUAUAAACAGACUACAAGAAAGUGCCGACCCUUUAACCAAUUAUUACUUCCUCAAAAUCUGCGGUAUAUUGCCAAAGGAAAUUCUACGACCAUUAUUCAAUAGUAGUCAAGCUUCUAUGGUAUUGAGUAACAUGCCGGGACCUCAACUGUUAAGUAUUUGUGGCGGAGAAGUUAAAUCUUUGGUGUUCUUUGUGCCGAAUAAAGGGAAUACAGGUUUAGGUGUAACAGCUCUUAGUUACGGUGGAGUACUGCGAUUUGCAGCAAUGGCGGACGCAGCCUUAGUGCCGAGUUCAAGAAAGUUAGCCAUAAUAUUGAAAGGGAUGGCCAAUGAAAUAAUAAGAAUGCAUAAAGAAUUAGUUCUAAAGUAG